GGCGCAGGGAUUCACUCGGCCUCCGCGCCCUCGCCCUCCUCUGUCUCAUCCUGCCGAGUCGUUGUGGAGCAUGGUAGACUCGGCUGCCCAGCAGUCCAGGCCCUCGGUCAAAUGGGACCUGGGCUCGCCAUCGGUUUUUUCGGCCUCCCAGGCGACUACCAGUUCCGACACCAACUGGACCUGGGCCUCCCCGCACGUUAGAUUCAGCCGCCAACCCGAAAUCCACGUAGGGACCCACCCGCAGAUCAGCUUCCUGCGGCCGCGGACCGCGCAGCCCCUGGUGCUUUUCAGCUUAAUGAAUUCCAGUGAAGCAGUGGCAAAAAAAUUUUUACCUAAGAGCAACUUAUCCCGGGUGAUUAUUCGUGACAACCUCAGUGCACAACGGAUCUACGAGAUGGAGGUAAGAGCCUCAGACAGGACCAAGAGAAAGAUAAGCCACUUAUACGACCAUCUGAAGAAAAAGUUCAUGACAGACCAGCUCAGGAAGCUGGGGUGCUGGAGACGGGAAUCCAUGAACAUCCAGCAGUACCUGGAUAGCAUCCGCGUGUACAAGGUCCACUUCAAACUCCAGCGUAACAGGAAAAGCCAGCCACCCUAGUCAAGGCGGAAUAAUCUGCCCCUGGGCCAUGACGACACUAGGUUACAGGCGGAAGAGAGGCAGAAGCUAGCCAGCCUACACCAUCGUAGAACAACAAUAAACUGAGACCAGCGGACAGUGGAGCACAAAAGCCCUCAGCAAUUAUAGUAUUCCUUGCCCUGCCCCACCAUCCCAUCUGUUCUGGUGAAGGUGAUCCUGACGGACCCAUAGCUGCCUGAUUGGGAGGAGGCUGAAUCAAGCUGGCUUAUGGUUAAGGCCAAGAUCCACCUUUGGUACCCACCUGUCUGAAGUGAAAUGCCAGGCCCAGUGUCCUGGGACAGUGAGUGGUACCUUAGAUGGGAAGGAUUUAGUAGUGCCACUGUCUAGUGGUGAGGGGGUCAAGGUGAGGCAUGGGACAGACCUAGGUGAAGCGCUACAUCUGCCACCCAUCAGCUGUGUGAGUUUGUAACCUCUCUGAACCUCUGGUUCCUUAUCCGAAAGAAUGGGGUGGUAGUGAGGGAACCUGCCUCCAACAACUGGUGUGAGGAUGUGGAAUGCUUGGCCCAGGGCCCAUCAUUGCCGAUGGCUCUUAUCAUGAUGGCUCCCUGACGGCUUCUGGCCUUGCCAGUCUCCAGUCCCUGGCCUCACCUGCUAUCCUGACUACACCCUGACAGUCCCCACAUCGUACCUUUACAUGCACAGGCCCCUCAUCCAGAAUACACCUUCAGCCCCCCGCAGGGUUCUCUCUUCAUCCUUCAAAGCUUAUCUCAAUGCCAUUUUCUACAAAACUUUUCUGACCUCUUUCUGCUUCCUGCCUGCCCUUCCCCUCCACCCCCUUUGUCACAUGGGUUUCCUCUACCCUCUGAGCUUGGAUUACCCAGGGUGGCUUAAUUCUGCCUUGUGUGGUAGCUAUUUGGGCAUUUGUCCUAACCCCUGAUUAGAUGAUACAGUCUUUGAGAGCAGGGACCAAGGAUCCUCCAACAUCCAGUCCAGGCCUCUCCCAUGACACUUCCCCCCACCUGGCCCCAGUAGAAAAGGCCACUCCUUCCUGUGCCCACACCUCUGUCUGCACUGAGCGUGUGGUUGGCCAUUUCUUGUUUGCUCACUGUCUCCCUGACCAGACUGUAAACGUCUUAAUGGUGGAGAUGCUAACUUACUCAUCUGUAGCCACAAUGCCUAGUAAAUGCCUAGUUGUCACUCAGUGUUUUCUAAGUGACUAUUCCUCCUUGUAUUGUAGCUUUAGCACAGUGCACAGAGCAAGGGCCUAGUAUAUAUGUUUUUUAAGUUAACCAAGGCCCCUCAUUUUAUAGAUGAGGAAACCGAGGCCCAGAGAGGUGACUUGAUUUGCAUAGGAUCCUGCAGCAAGUUAAUGGCAGAGAACUAGAAGCAGGUUUCCUAUCUGCCAUGGGGUGGUCAUUCUGCAUCACAGCACCUGCUGGAUAAUGGAUAAGGACAUCAGUCUUCUCAGUGGCUUUGGGAAGACUUCCCCAGGAAGUCCUCCUUACUCGUGCUCAUCCUCACGUUCAUCACGCCCCUCUCCAGGCUUGGUGCCUGGCCGCAGGCCUUCUUCUGAAUGGAAUAUCCCGGAGCCUGAUCUGGUUCAUGAUGUUUUUCUUUUCUUCCUUUAUGGUCUUCCCUUGAGAACUGGAGCAUGCUACUUUUCAGUGGGGAUGAAAACAGACUUUUUUCCAAGCUCUUGUCUGUUUUCUUGGCUGAUCACAACUGUUUAGAAUAAUUGAUUUUACAUAUUUAGAGUUUAUCACACAAGCAAUAUGACCACGUCUGCCAAAAGCCUCUUAGAUCAACCUCUGCUAGCACUUUGGUGUCUUUCCUUUGUUUCCUUUCAACAAAUAUUUUUCCUUGGCCAUCAGCCAGUGUGCCUGGAAAGGGGAAAGGCUUUGGGGAUCUUGGAGUCUUCAGAGGGCCCACAGAGCAGCCCCAGCCCCUCUUUCUCUAAACUGUCCCCAGGGUCUCCCUACCUCCAGGAUCUCGCUUAAUGCAGCCUCCCUGAGCCUGACUCCAGUCUAGCCUCCAGCCACAUGCACCCUCCUGGAUGGCUGGCCUUGGCUGAGGGUCUUUGCAUCCUCAUGCUGUAGC